UCGCUCCGUCCCGUUGAGAUAAUUGUAACUUUUCUGAUCAUUCGUUUCUGAAAUCGUUCCGGAUUGGCAUGUUUGGUUGAAAUGAGGAAAGAGAAGAGGGAAUUUGAGGCACGUGACUCAUAUCUCUGUGAUAAAGCAGUGUUGGUCUCUAAGGUGCGAACGAGAAGAUUGAUUUGAGCAAGACGACAAAUGCAGAAAAUUUUGUUUCUGAUUUUCUGUAUCUAUGGAAUUUCUCCACUGGCUUUAAAAGCUGCUGUGCGUUGGACUUCCUUCAUCCUUCCGUGCCAAGCAAUAUCAUCAUCACAAGCAACACUUGAAAAGGGUUUUUUCUGCGCCGGAACGGGAGCCAGAAGGAGGCAUUUACCGAAUUACUAUGCAAAAAUCAAUUGAGUUCUUUAUCCAAGCUAUCAGUCUUUAUCAGGCAAAUGAUUGCUAAUAUGCACAAAUUCUACUACAGUUAAUGACGUCCCAAUGAGCGAUUCCGCCUCUACUCUAUACCCUUCCUUCAAGUAUCUAGAACACUUUGAACAAUCUUUUAUUUACCAUGGAUUCUACGAGAUCAAAAGAGCUACUCACAAGCAGAUAGAUAAAUGGCUAACUUGCUUAAUCAGCAACCAGAGUAUCCCAAAGACGAUCAUAACAAUGUCACAGCCACUAGCUAUACCAAAGCUACCAGAAGAUCUCGAAGACGUAUUCACUGCGCAUGAGAAUGAUCCGGAGGCUCUCCUCACAGCCUUCAUGCCAGUCUUCUGCGAUCACGUGAAGGCUGAUCGAAUGUUCAUUCAACCAAGAAAUCCUGAUACUCGAGUUUGUAAAGUUCUUCGUUGGCGUAGAAGUGAAGAUAUCCCGAUGCCGGCUAUCCCCGGGAAUAUCAGGCCCAAUGAGUGGUUCGUGGAAGACAGAUGGGAAGUUGAAGAUCCGCUGUGGAGAUCAGCACUGAAUCUCAAACCAAGUAUUUAUAUCGAGGAUCUACAAAAGGCUGCCAAUGAAGGCCUAUUGAAUAUAGACUUCGAGAACAAGUACAUGUUUCAUACAGCUUUCAUUCACGCUCAUGCUCAUUGGCCUCCACUGCCGUCAACUGAUGACAAGGCGAAUGCGAGGACGGAGAGGAAGUUUUAUGGAUCUGUACAACCUGCAGUCUUUAAUGGCCCCAGAGUCUGGGGCCCGGAGGUUCAUGAACUGGUCGGUAAGUGUGUUGAACGACUUGCGCCUGUCAUGAAGAGUUUGGGAGAGACUGCUCCUUCUUUAGAAAGCUUUGGCAUUGCUUAGGUCUAUAAUGCUGUAGUCCAUAAAAAUAACACUUGUAACAAAUUUCUGGUUCUCGAUCAGUUGCUGGACUGCCGAAGUAUUUGGACUUCGGAUACGACAUAUAUCUCCCUUUUGGGGUCUCUAUAGAGCUGUGGCGAAUCUGCAAUCCCAUUUACCAUCAAAGGCCUACGUGAUACAUUUCUCUCAAUCACAACUAUACCGGAAUCUCGCAAAGACCCUAGCAUGACACAAGGUUGUAAGUGUGUCCGGAGGUAUUUACUUUUGUGACCGUAAGCGAGAACAGCAGGUGAGACAAUUAUUACAAUGAUUUCGAUAACCUUACAUAUAACAGACGGUCAAGAAUAGCCUGGAAUAGAUUAUGGGGUACCAAGAGCUAGA